AUGGCGUCCGAGCAACCACUCCGGGCGGAUUCUUAUACCGUGGCCUGGCUAUGUGCGCUUCCGAUUGAGCAGGCGGCAGCUCUACUCAUGCUGGACGAGAGACACCAGGAGCCGGACGGAUUCCACCAGUUUUUGAGGGAUGACAAUGUAUACAGCUGGGGCCGCAUCGCAAAGCACAACAUCGUCAUUGCAUCUCUUCCGGACGGCGAGUACGGUCUCGUCUCUGCUGCCGUCACAGUGAGCGGCCUUCGCGCCUCCCUUCCACACAUUCGGAUUGGUCUCAUGGUCGGGAUCGGCGCCGGUAUACCGUGGAUCGGAGAUGUUCUGCUUGGAGACGUCGUAGUCAGUAGUCCUGACGGAAAGAGCGGAGGUGUGGCCCAGUACGAUCUGUACAAAGCAAAGGUCAGCAGUGGUGUGGCCACUAAAGAGCGGAAAGGAUUCCUGGCCAGUCCUCCUCGUGCACUUCGCAAUGCGAUCGAAAGCCUGAAAGCGGAUCACGAGUUCCAAGACUCGAAGCUUGAACAUUUCAUGCAAGUCUUCCAGCGUCAUAAGAAGACAAAGGUGACAUACGGCUACCCUGGCAACGACAAAGAUCCAUUGCGAGCCGAACUGGGUACGGAGGCUCGCCCUCAUCCCGAAAUUCGGUAUGGCAUCAUCGCAUCGGGCAAUCGCCUAAUCAAAAAUGCACAAGAGCGGGACGAGGUCUUGGAAUGGCUCAGCAAUGAAAACAUCAAGCCAAUAUGCUUUGAAAUGGAGGCGGCAAGCCUAAUGAACAGCUUUCCAUGCCUUGUCAUCCGAGGAAUUUGCGACUACGCAGACGAGCACAAGAAUGAUGUCUGGCAGAGAUACGCAGCGGGUACGGCAGCUGCGUUUGCGAAAGAGCUUUUGGGAUAUGUCCGCCCAGCAGAUGUCGUGAUCUCACCGCAGAUCGGAGAUCUGGUCGAGACGGAGACCGUACAAAAGACCGAACAGACCGUUCGGGAUUUCCAUGCCAGCGCGGAGACGCAAAGAAUACUUGACUGGCUCUGUCCGACCGAUUACUCGAAGCAAUUUACGGACCUCAGCCGUCAGCACUCCGCUGGUACCGCAGAGUGGUUUCUCCAGCAUCCGCAUUUCCAACAGUGGGCUCUCUCGACAAAUGCCAGCGCUCUCUUUUGUCCAGGCGAUCCAGGAACUGGAAAGACGGUCAUCUCCACGCUUGCGAUACACCACCUCUUACACUCUUCCGGUGCAGCUGGCCAGGUGGCCUACAUCUUUUGCGACUAUGCUCAACAUCAGGAUCAAACUUUCGAGCAUCUCAUGUGUGCGCUCUUGCGACAGGUGAGUUGUACUCGAGAAAGUUGCAUCGUUCCAGAUGUCGAGGCGCUGUAUCGCCAACACGAGCCGCGGAAGACCCGACCACGCACAAGCGAGCUCCUCAGCACGCUGGAGACGACCUUAAAAGCCUCCAAAAACGUUCAUCUCGUCGUUGAUGCUCUGGACGAAUGCAAUUUACCAGCUUGCGAGGACUUCCUUACUGCUGUAAAGGGAAUGCCCAAUCUGGCACUUCUUGCGACAUCUCGACAUGUCCCGCUCAUCGAAGAGAUAUUUGCCGAUGACCAGAAGAUCGAGAUCAGGGCUUCUGAAGAGGACAUUCGACGUUACGUCAAGGGAAGACUCGCUGAAAUGGACAAAGACAUACAGAACCGCGACGAUGUGAUGGCGCGGGUUGUCAACGAGGUCAUCGAAACUGCAGAUGGCAUGUUCCUCCUCGCGCGGCUUCACAUGAACAUACUCACCACUCUGUCCAACGUAAGAGCCGUCAAAGACAGACUUGACAGACUCCGCAAAGGAGUCGAGGCCUACAAAGACAUUUACGAAGCAACCAUGUCCAGGAUCAGUUCAAGUGGCCAGGCCGCACUGGCACAGGAUGCGCUCUCCUUGCUGGUCCAUGCCAAGCGUCAACUGAGUCCUCUGGAACUUCAGCAUGCUCUCGCGGUCAGACAGGACGACGAGAAAUUCGACCCCGAGAGAAUGACGGCACUUAGCACGAUCAUAUCCGCGUGUGCAGGUCUUAUCACGAUCGAACCGCAAAGUGACGUGGUCAGGCUGGUUCACUACACCACUCGGGAAUACUUUCAAGAGAAGUUGCCAUUUUGGUUCCCGAACGGCGACAUGGCCAUUGCAGAGACAUGCGUUGCUUAUCUAACAUUCCCUGCCUGGCCAUUUUUGAAUUACGCAAGUCGUAAUUGGGCUUUACACGUCGAAGACAUCGAACGAGCCUCAAUAGACAGGGGAACCGAGCGGUUGAUCCUAACCAGGGUGGUUGCACUUCUGAAUGAUCCCAAGCGCCUCCUCGCGUUGUGCAUUAUGGAGUUUUACCAUGGAUACGAUACUCUUCUAGCCGAAAAACGCAUCGCAUUGAGCUCACUCACGCCAUGGCACAUUCUGGCCAAAUAUGAUCUCGCGAAGUCGUUACAAAUCCUCUGUGCGUUGGCUACGAUUGAGUUGCCGAGCAAUUCACCAGGCAGUCUGCCACCUAUUAUCUAUGCAUCGCGCUUUGGGAGCGAGCAUGCGAUCUCGUUCUUCCUAAAGCUAGACCCCACAUCGGGAGACAUCGGAGAGGAGGGUGAGCGCAGACCGCUCAGCUGGGCAGCAGAAUUUGGACAUGUCGGGGCUGUGAACCUCCUGUUGAGCAUUGGCCGGGCGGACCCCGAAUCGCGCGACAAGACCGGAAGGACAGCACUUAUGUAUGCAGCUUGGGCCGGACAUUCCAGCGUUGUCGAGGCAUUGCUGAGCACUACUCCGGCGACUCCGAACUCGCGAGAUGCACGAGGAUGGACGGCACUCACGUAUGCGGCAGACCGCGGGCACUUCAGCGUUGUGGAGCUGCUACUCAGCUCUACAACGGUGAGUCCGGACAUGAGCGAUAUUGAUGAUCGGACGGCGCUCUCGUUUGCAGCAGCAUAUGGACACCAUAGCGUUGUGGAACUGCUCCUGAGCUCUUUUUCGGUGAAUACGGACUCACGCGGCAAAGAUGGCCGGACGCCGAUCUCGUGGGCAGCGGGAUCAAUCAAUAGAGAGAAGAGCCAUGCGUCCUACACCAAAAUUGUGAAGAUGCUUCUGGAUACUGGCCUCGCAAAUCCAGCUUCGGUGGACAGAGAAGGAUUGACGCCGCUUGCUUGGACGGCCAGAACCGGGAAUCUUGACAUUGUGGGCCUACUUCUG